AUGAUGAGCAAAAAAAAAGCAUUUCGUGCGGUUCCGAGUCCCGACGCUUUCCCAAAAAUUUGCUUCCGCACAAAAAGUCGCCGGUACCUUUGGGGUCCUGCUUUUCUGCAUCGUCCAUCUCAUCGUGAUAACCGCUACUAACCGAGUCACUUCACCGCCCUCCCCACCCCUCAAAGCUCACAUGACCUUGCAGACCCCAUGGAGAUGAUCUGAAAGAGCAGUCAACAUACUCCCCUCUCCUCAUCAUCGUUUCCCCUCUUUGUACCUUGGAUCUUGAAGCAGUCGUCGCUAUUUCGGGAGAUGCGUCUGGCACCACCUGUCGGCCUGAUGGCCUUGUCAAUACCAGCGAUAGCUCAGUUGGUACCCUCUCCGACGUACAAUCCUCCUCCAGCUGCAUCUGGAACCGUUAAAUCGAGCUCAUCACCAAAUCCGCAAUGGUCAAACGUUCUUGGCAACGCGUUCUGGUUUUACGACGCUCAACGGAGCGGCAACCUCGAUGCAGGCGCGUAUCCCAAUCGCGUGACAUGGCGAAACAACAGUGCCAUGCAGGAUGGUAGCGAUUGGAACCUCGAUCUCACUGGUGGCUGGUACGAUGCCGGGGAUUAUAUCAAAUGUCUGUUUCCGUUGUCAAACACCCUUUUCGCGUUAUCUUGGGGAGCCUUGACACAUGGUCGGGGCUGGGACCUGGCACAACAGUCUGCUUAUCUUGACUCUACCCUACGAUGGGGCUUUGACUGGAUGAUGAGAGCACAUCCCUCGGACGACGUUUUAUUCGUUCAAGUGGGAGACUCGACUAUCGAUAAUUCAUAUUGGGGAGGCGAUCAGAAUAUCCCCACGCCUCGACCCUCAUACCCUAUCAACUCGUCCAGCCCUGGCACAGACGCAUGGGCCUCAACGGCCGCAGCCUUUGCCAUGGCCUCGCUGCUCUAUACUCCAGGAGUAUCGUACGUCCCCAUUUCUGGAGCGUCUCCACCCAGCUCGCCGUCGCUUGGUAAUUCGACGUACGCUUCCGAACUUUUGAGCCACGCAAAGACCCUGUACGCUACCGCGAAUCAGACCAGACCUUUCAGUCUCUUUGCACAUAGCAUUCCGGCCGUCGCAUCCGCGUAUACUGCGACAAAUUACACGGACAAGCUUGCCAUGGGCGCCUUGUCCUUAGCACUGGCCACGAACGAGAGCGCCUACUAUGCCGAUGCGUACAACUUCUAUCAGGAAUUCGCGCUUACUGGCAGCAAUGAUCCGUGGAAUUGGGAUUCGAGAUAUCCGGCGCUCUACGUUCUCUUCGUUGAGGCUGCAAAAACUCGCCCAAACUUGGCAACAGGAGCUGGACUUGCUGUGAAUCUAACUGGAUGGCAAACCGAAGCUGAAGGCUGGUUCGAUAGGAUAGUCAAUGGAGAAGACAGCAAGCAACACUUCAUGACUCCAGGCGGCCUGCUCUGGUUUGAAGGCUGGUCUGACGAAUCGUCAUUGAUCGAAGCCAUGUCUGCCUCGAUGCUAUUCUACAAAUACGCUCCUUUGGCCUCCACUUCGAACAAGACAUCUCAGUAUCAGGAAUUCGCUCAAAAUCAAGUGGCUUACAUGCUCGGUAAUAACCCAAUGAGCGCGGUAUACCUGGUCGGAUCACACCCAAACUCGCCUCAGAAUCCACACUCGGCCCCUGCUUCCGGAGGCGACAACAUCAACGCCAUACGCACACAACCGCCCGUAGAGGCUCAUGUGCUCUACGGGGCCAUGGUCGGUGGGCCUCUGCAGAACGACAAAUUUUGGGAUUGGCGUGACGAUUGGGUUCAAACGGAAGUCGCCCUUGACUACAACGCGGUCAUUCCAUUCCUUGCAUCCUGGCAGUUGAUAAAUGAUUCCCCCGAUCCGUAUUACGUCAACGUCACAGCGAACACUUAUUACGUGCCUUCGGGAGACCCAUGCGAUGCCGCACUACCAUGCAAUGGCACUGGCAAUGGAGGUCUGUCAGAUGGUGCCAAAGCAGGUAUCGGAAUCGGUGUGAUUCUUGGAGUGGGUUUGAUCAUCGCUUUCAUUUGGUACAUCCGGAGGGAUCAGAUAGCUAGAUGGUGGAGAAGCGGAUACGUGCGUCCUCAUUAGAAUAUGAUUGGAAGCGGGAAAUCUCGCGUUGGUGUAAGAGCGACCAGAUGUCACCGCAUCAAAUG